CUCUAUCUUGUGCAAAUAUAUGCAUUCUGGCGGAAUAUUAUUGCCAUUUAGCUUCUGUAAGCUGCAAGUCUGCUAUGAAUUGACAACUAUUAUAUCAAUAAGGUUCUGAAACCUUGAACUGUGGUUUAGUUUGACAUUGAACAUACUAAUUUUUCAAUGUUGGAAUUCUUAUAAGCAUUUUAUUCUUAGAAUUGGCGAAAUUGUUGGGUUUAUGUAAACUCUGCCUAGUCAUCAAUUCAAUCUAGCAUGUAACUUCCUUGCAGACUAAUUCUACUGGUUGAGGAUGAAAUACAAUUCCUUUGGGAAGUAUGGCUCGAUAUUGGGGACUUCAGGUGUCUGCUUAUAGAGCUAGCAAAAGAAAAGAAUGGACAGGUUUAGUUGGUUCAUAUCUAGGUCCUGAUAAUAUUGGGCUCAAUAAAUUUUACAUUUCUACUAUCAUUUCUGUGUCAAGUUACUGGUGCCUGCCUCCCCACAAAAAAUGAAGUUGAUCUGCAGAUGCUUAUUCAUAUGCUCCUUUAGUUCCCUUUGUACUUGGUAAAUGCAAGUGAGCCACUGGCCUUGAUAAUAGCAGAAGGACCCCAGGAGUGGGUCAAAUGCCACUUACUGUUCAAGAUUGUUGGAUCUGAUGUCAUCCACUAAUGAUAAAUUGACAUAUUUUGUCCUGUCGGUUGGCUACUAGAAGAGUAAAGAGCAUAUAUUCACAUUUUAUCUGAACAAUUAUUUAAAAGAAACAGCAGCAACAAAUCGUCUCAAAAGGCUCCUGUUUAGCCAUCAUGGAGCCAAAGUCCAUAUAUUGCUGCCUUUUGCUUGAGUAGUCUCAAUCUUUCUCUUACAUAUCAAAAGCUAGAAAAAGAAAAAUGUUUAUUUUGAAUCUCAACUCAUUCUCUCUUGUCACUCUGUAUAAAUCUUCCCACUGCAAGUACCCCAUAAUUUUUUCUUUCCCAAAUCUAGAUUUGCGCAACCAGACUCAAAAUGGAAGUACUCUCUUUAAUAAACCCACCUCUCAAAUUGAUACACUGGGCACUAAAAUCUACAACACUGGACAAAUCUAUGACUGCCCAAUUAACAUUCAGAUCCGUGGUUCAAACAGAGUCCACAAAUACCAAUCUGGGUUUUUCUCAAAAUCUGUAUCUUAUGCUGCUAAAACAUCAGAAUCUGAACCAAGCGUGGAAGGAGAAGGUGGUGCAAUUUCAAAGUCUAAGGAUAAAACUCUACAACUUGCACUCGUGUUUGCUCUCUGGUAUUUCCAGAACAUUGUGUUUAAUAUUUACAAUAAGAAAGCACUGAAUGUUUUUCCAUUUCCAUGGUUUCUUGCCUCUUUCCAGCUCUUUGCUGGGUCUAUUUGGAUGUUAAUCCUAUGGUCAUUGAAGCUCCAACCACGGCCGAAGAUCUCAAAAAGAUUCAUUAUUGCUCUUCUUGGACCUGCUUUAUUUCACACUAUAGGCCACAUAUCAACCUGUAUUUCAUUAUCUAAGGUUGCUGUUUCUUUCACUCAUGUCAUCAAAUCAUCAGAACCUGCUUUCUCUGUUGUGAUCUCUUCAAUUCUUGGUGAUUCUUACCCUUUAAAAGUCUGGCUCUCCAUCCUCCCCAUUGUUCUUGGUUGUUCUCUUGCAGCCAUCACUGAAGUGUCCUUCAAUUUCCAAGGCUUAUGGUGUGCUUUGAUUAGCAACAUGAGUUAUGUGUUUAGGAACAUUUACUCAAAAGAGAGUUUGAAUUGCUUCAAGGAAGUAAAUGGACUAAAUUUAUAUGCAUGCAUUAGUAUUAUCUCAUUGUUUUAUUUGUUUCCUGUUGCGGUUAUUGUUGAAGGCUCUCAAUGGAUUCAAGGAUACCAUAAGGCUAUUGACGCUGUUAGCAAAUCAUCAACUUUUUAUAAAUGGGUGUUGCUAUCUGGUAUUUUUUAUCAUCUCUAUAACCAAUCAUCUUACCAGGCACUUGAUGAUAUUAGCCCCUUGACCUUUUCGGUUAGUAACACCAUGAAGAGAGUGGCAGUGAUUAUUUCCACUAUCUUGGUGUUUAGGAAUCCAGUUAGGCCUUUGAAUGCAAUUGGAUCAGCCAUUGCUAUAUUGGGGACGUUCCUGUACUCACAGGCAUUUGCUAAGAAUACCCAUAAAACUAAAGAUUGAUCCACUGUUUGAGGAUGAAAUGUAGAGUGUUUGAAAACUAUGGCUCAAUAUUGGAUUGUAAGACUGGGAUGCAAGAGUGUGAGAUGUCCUUACCUAAAAUCUUAUCAAUCAUUCAAGACAGUAGAACUGCUUUAUGGAGCAAGGAAAGGUAAAUCUCAAAUGUGGCAAUAACAUUGUUAAUUUGGAAUGGACAUAACAUUUUCAGUGGUAACAGACAAACCAACCAAAAACAUAACACUAGAGCUGCUCUCCCUAAACCUUCCUUCCAGCACAGCCAUUUUCUUGGUUUGAAGUUCUUGGUUUCAGAGGGAGGAGGAUCUCUUCAAUAGGCAAAGGUUAUAUCUUCUUAAUUAUUUUAUGGUAAAGCUUGGGUUCAAGAGCUUGUAUAGCUUUUGGGAUGUUGGUUGAGCACUAAUGAUAAGCCUUUCAACCCCUCAGUGAAGAUCCUACAUCAGCAGGAGCACAAAGAGGUAAGCCCAAAUGUGUUUUUUCCAACUUACAAAUUGAUUACUACUUGUAAAUCUCCUAAAGAAUCAAGUCAAGUGUGUACAAAUUUCAAUAGUUGAUCUUUGUGCUUAAGAGUUCUAUUUUGUUGAUGAGUUCAA